CAUCGACCUCGAUUAUUCUCCCUGGUGGAUUAAUGGCGUACCGUUCACGUCCAACUUCUAUGCGGCCCAGGUCCGAGGACCACAUCUUCAGGCACUCGUUUUCCAGCCCCCAGCCUUCCACUCCUUCGCGCAGUCAACCUCCCAUUCCUUUACCUCUUCAGCAACGAACACAAUCACAUUCCCUUGAUAAUCAAAGGCUGAGCAUGGCGUCGGCCACACGUCGACCGCUACGGUCUUCACCGUUGGCCGGUCCUGCCCUAUCUCACGAUGACUCUCGACAACUUCGAAGCCACCUUAACAGUUCUUCGACACCCAACCUGGCAGAUCUCCCGAAACCCGACGGUGGACAUCUGCCCCCGCGUUCCAAGUCAUCGCAAGCAUGCAACAAUCUCGCCCCUCAUUGGACACCCGUGUUGGAGGAUCGCCAUUCCCAUUACUCGACAAGCUCAACCUCGACCUCUUCGGAGGUUUCUAAACCCGGCCGCAAGGUGUUCAAAUUAAGGAAGCCACAUCCUUCCGCGAGAACGACCGCUAUUCCUCCACCGCACCGCUCCGAUACGUUCCUUCCUUUUCCCCAACAGCAACGACAACAGCGAUCGGCACCUUGUACCCCCACGCGUCGAGCACGGUCGCUCCAUGGUCCGUCACAGGAGACCUCGACUCCGCCUCUCCUCACCCGAUGUCCGGAAGUUCUUCGCUCCGACGAGAGUUGGAUGACGUUCAGUCCGACUGCUGAAAUCCCUCGGUUCAGUCGGUUAGGAAUCAAAGCGUCGCACGUCGUUAUGCCUCUAUCUGCUAAAGAGUUUCAUCGACGGCGACAGCGACAGAUGUCGGCUGCGCAGCCUCUUUCGACUUUGGCUUCCAGUUCGAUUUCAACUUCAACGUCGGCGUCGACGUCGAGGCUCCAGCCACCGCCGCCGCCGUCUGGACCCCCUACUGAAGCGCGUACGAGCAGUCGGUCCUUUACGACGGCGAUUGACGAUUAUGAGGAGGCUCCGCCACAGUCGCUGUUGAAGGGAGGAGCAUCUGCUUCUGACGCGUCGAUUAGUGGUGAUAGCGGGAGGGAGCGUGUCCCGAGUUUGACACGCUCCAGUAGCGAUGGGUCUAGUGACGAUAGCCUCGAUUGCCGUGAUGUGCUUCAGGUUUCGAGAACGAUGAGUGAUUCGAGCGGGAAUGCGGAUGCCGGUUCUGUCGGGGGGCGGGCGGAGGUGGAGGGGGUGAGGCCGGUGUUGCAGAGGCCGCCUCGUUCGCCUCGAAGACCUAUACCGCGUAACUUGCUUUCGCAGGAUGAGACGAUGUUGCCGCCGCCGCCACCGCGGUCUCUUCCUCUACCUGCCAUUCCGACUUCGGAGUAUUCGAUUACGCUCAGGCAGAAGAUUGCGGAUAGGGCGAGGCAUGUGCUUGUUUAUGAUGAUCCUCCUCCGCCUUCGCUGAGGCUGGCGGCGUUUGGGGAUGGUGGUGGUGCUAUGGAUGAUGAGAGGAGCGUGUGGUCGCAGGAUGAGGAUGGAGAGGAGGGGUAUGGGACGGCUGUUCCGACUGUGAAGAGUGUCAAGGUGUCUCAGUGGGGAGAGGUGGUCAAAGGGCUGUGUCUGGAGAGGAGUGUGAAUUUGAAGGAGAGCAAUGUGGAGAAGAGAAGCAAGUCGUUGAGGAGGAUGCUACGGACGUUAUCUGGAAAGUUUAAGGGUAGUCGAUGAGUAGUGUAGGAUAAGCUAUUGGACAUUGUAGACACUAUUUAAAGUACUAAGUUAUGUUUUGCAAAUCUAUCUUCUGUAAAUGACCUAGCGGCCAUCAAUCGAACAUUCUUAGUAA